UCUCUCUCUCUUCUCUCUCUCUGUUUUUACUUUCUCUCUCUCUUCCUCUCACCCCCGUUUGAGUGACAAACAAGAACUCCACCGCUAUCAUUGCUUGUCCUUGUCACUUGUAUCUUCUUUUGCUCCCCUCCUAUAUCUCCCAACACAAAACUCAAACCCCCCAUUCUCAUCUCAAUAGUCUUCUUCUUCUCCUCCUCCUCCUCCUCCUCCUUCCCCUUCAAUCCUCUGCUUUAACUCAUACCAUUCUUUCUCCACUGGAAAGAGCAAGACUUUACUUCGCUCCUCUGGAAAAAAAAAAAAUGGAAGGAAGUUCCACUCCGUUGACUCAGAAUUCAUCCACCUUCGCCAUUGGAAUCCACCCCAACGACCAGCUCCCCAGCUGCUUCCUCGUCGCCGGCUGGGAGGAUGCGUUGGAUCGGGGCGAUCCCUUUGAGUCCGCCCUGAGCUCCAUGGUGUCGUCUCCCGUGGCGCCGCCCCUGGCUGCCGGCGAGGGCGAUGACGCCGUCAUGAUCCGAGAGCUGAUCGGGAGGCUCGGCAGCAUUUGCGAUUCCGGCCAGACCUCACCGGGGUCCUACAACAACAGCGCCGCCAACACUUCCUGUUACAACACCCCUCUGAACUCGCCGCCCAAGCUCAGCCUCUCGAUGGCGGAUCAGCAUGUCCGCGGCGGCGGCGGCGGCGGCGGCUUCCCGGCCCCCGGAUGCCAUUUUCCAGGGCACCCGCCUUUCGUGCCGGUCAUGGCUGAUCCGGGGUUCGCCCACAGGGCGGCGAGAUUCUCUUCCUUCGGCGCUAGGAAUGUGAAUGUCGCAAAUCUAAACAGUGGCCUCGGGUUGAAUGCAUCAGAAUUCCCGGGGAAACAGGGCAAUAUGCUCGAUUCGGGGAGAUUUUGCAGAGUUCCGAGCAGUCGGUCGCUGAAGGCUAAUGACGGAUCUCAAAUCUGUGUACAGGGGAAUGAUAGAAUCUUCCUCCAGUCAGGAAUCUCCGCUUCGACCCCCGAAAAUGGAGAAAUGGGGGAUUCCCGCGAGGGGUCUUCGAUCUCCGACCAGGUUGCGCACGGAGAGAUGCACGCCAGGGGACAAAUCGACGUGAAUUCAAGGAAGAGAAAAUCGAUCCCGAAAGGGAAAGCGCGAGAAUCGGUCGCUUCUCCUCAAUCUGCUAAAGAUUCCGAGGUUGCCACAGAGAAUGAAGAACAGAUGACGAAGAAAAUCAAACCCGCUGAGGCCGACGGCAACGAGAAAGACACGGUGAACGGGGAUCAGAAGCAGAGCAAGGAGAGUUCGAAGCCUCCGGAGCCGCCGAAGGACUACAUCCACGUGAGAGCAAGAAGGGGUCAAGCCACUGACAGCCAUAGCCUUGCCGAAAGAGUCAGAAGAGAGAAGAUAAGCCAGAAGAUGAAGGCCCUUCAGGAUCUCGUUCCUGGCUGUAACAAGGUGACUGGGAAAGCAAUGAUGCUCGAUGAGAUCAUUAACUAUGUGCAGUCCUUGCAGCGUCAAGUCGAGUUUCUCUCCAUGAAGAUGGCAACCCUGAACCCCAGAAUGGAUUUCAAUCUGGAAGCCUUCCUGUCGAAAGAUAUCUUGCACCCUCGAGGACCGUUGCCGGAUUCUCUCUAUCCAGUCGAUUCGUCCGGAUCCAUGUCAUAUGGUUAUGAGCCCCGACAAGGACUAAUGCCAAUGCUGAGCGUUGUUUCCAGCAACAUGGAUACCCAAUUCCCAGCAGAUCUUUUGAAUUCCGGAAUUCACAGAAAUGCCAGCUUGAACUUGCCUGUCAUGGACAAUUACGGCGAAGCUCCCGCUCCGGGCCAAGCUCUAUGGGAGGAUGACCUCCAAAGUGUAGUCCAAAUGGGUCUCGGCCAAAAUGAGUCUCAUAGAAUAGAACAAGGUACACGGAUCUAUGAAUUCGACGCCGAUCGAGCUUUCAUAUAUCACAACUGAAAAUCCAACUUUGUCAUUGACACAUGAUGCAAAAUUUUCAGGCUCCCUGGACGCCGGUCAGAUGAAAAUCGAGUUGUAGUGCCCGGCAUUAACGAACAGUACGGGUAUGAGCCCGACAAUUGACAAGGGCCCCUUCCACAGACAGAGAGAGAAGAGAAAGAGACAAAGGCCUAUGUAUAUACGGGACCGAUUCUUCGGUUUCAGUAAUUGCUUAGUCAUUCUUUGAAGGAAAUCUUUCCAAGAUUGUUGACAGUAGAACUAAUUGGGAAUCUUGUAUCUGAUAUAUAAGCAUUUGUUUC